UUCAGUCCGCCUUGAGUUGCUUCCUCGCUUCACGCUCGAUUUCCGACCAUUCUUCCCUUAUUAAGUAUUCGUGUAAUAUUAAUAAUCAUGAAUAUCUACUAUUAGGAGUGUAUGGCAAGAGACAUAAUGUGCUAACAUGAGCUCAAGCGAGGGAACAGUUCACUGACAGAGCCGGGAGAGGCCAACGGGAUCUAAGAAACUUUAGAGAAAAACUGUGCAUUUAAAGAGCACAUGAAGAAAAGUGGGAAUUUACCCAGAUUCUGGUGGAUUAUCGCUUUAUGUGAACGCCGGUCACCGUUACUUCGCCCUGCAUUUGUUAUUGGCUUGAUUUCAUUUGCGUAUUCUUAUUCGUUUUGUCCCUUCGAAAUUCUUGUGUUGUGAAAUCCUCGGAAAUCUUCGCAGAUGUUAGUGCACAGUUUUUCCGCGAUGGAUCGCCACGACGGGACCAGCAACGGAACUGCCCGGUUACCUCAACUGGGCAGCGUGGGUCAGUCUCCGUACAGCAGCGCUCCUCCACUCUCUCACACGCCCAACUCAGAUUUCCAGCCGCCAUACUUUCCGCCACCCUACCAGCCCAUUUACCCGCAGUCUCAGGACCCUUACUCUCACGUUAACGACCCGUACUCCAUCAACUCUCUGCACGCCCAGCCACAGCCGCAGCACCCGGGCUGGCCCGGCCAGCGGCAGAGUCAGGAGAGCAGCCUGCUGCACCAGCACCGCGGGCUUCCGCAUCAGCUGUGCCGAGAGUACCGCAGAGAAGUGCUGCUGCCGUCGGGUCACGGCAUCGAGACCGGACUCACGGAUUCAAUCCCAAUACAUGGAAUACCUCACUCUUUAGAAGAUGUUCAGCAUGUUGAAGAUCAGGGAAUUCACAUCCAAGACCAAACAGUAAUCAAGAAAGGUCCCGUUUCCAUGUCCAAGAACAGUAAUGUCUCUGCCAUACCGAUAAAUAAGGACGGACUUUUUGGCGGUGUGGUAAACCCUAACGAAGUGUUCUGUUCGGUUCCGGGUCGUCUGUCUCUUCUCAGCUCAACAUCAAAAUACAAGGUCACAGUAGCGGAGGUGCAGAGACGCCUCUCUCCGCCUGAGUGCCUGAACGCCUCUCUGCUCGGCGGGGUCUUGAGGAGGGCCAAAUCUAAGAACGGAGGAAGAUCCUUAAGAGAGAAAUUGGAUAAAAUCGGAUUAAAUCUGCCGGCAGGGAGACGCAAGGCCGCCAAUGUUACCCUUCUGACGUCACUGGUGGAAGGUGAAGCUGUACAUCUGGCCAGAGAUUUUGGUUAUGUAUGCGAGACUGAGUUUCCAGCCAAGGCGGUAGCUGAAUAUGUGAACCGACAGCAUUCCGACCCAAAUGAACAAGUCCAAAGAAAAAACAUGUUAUUGGCUUCGAAACAAAUCUGCAAAGAGUUCACGGACCUGCUCUCGCAAGACCGCUCACCCUUGGGGAAUUCACGUCCACAGCCCAUUCUCGAGCCCGGGAUUCAGAGCUGUUUGACCCACUUCAGUCUUAUUUCGCACGGAUUCGGGACUCCAGCCAUGUGCGCGGCCCUCACGGCGCUGCAGAACUAUCUGACGGAGGCCAUUAAAGCCAUGGACAAAAUGUACCUGAACAACAACCACAACGAGACGGGCUCGAAAGGAGAUAAAGAUGAGAAACACAGAAAGUGAUGUCCACCCACCACAUCCCAAUUUCAUUAUGACAAAACACUCUAGUGAGCAAGAUUGACGCGCCGCGUCCUGAUCUUGACAUUUUGAAACACGUUUGUUUUUAUUAAAUAAUAAUAAUAAUAAUAAACAAUUGACCUUGAGAUUCGUGGAAAGGGUAUUCACCAAUCAAAAUAAAAGCAGAGAGUGGCAAUGAGAGGAGUACAGAUCUGCCACAGCAAGACUUUUCGUGAACUCCCUUUUUUAUGAGUUCAACAUACUGAAAUCCAGCGAUUUCUCUUCAAUUUCUCCAUAUACGAUUGUAGCCAUGUGGCAACAAGAAGCCGAAAGCGGAUGAUUUUCUAUCAGUAUUGUGAAUAAUAAACUUGAAAAUAGAAAAUAACAAAAUCUACAGUUCCAUGCCAUGAAUUCAAUGUAUUGACUUUUCACUCCAGCGACCAACUUGAACUUUGAAUCUCAACACGAUUCGCGGUUAUCAGAUGGAAUCUGUGUUCAUGUAGGCUAUGUAUAUAUUUAUUUAUGUGUAAUUUAAUGGGAAUUGUAAAUAUGGUACGUCUGUUCAAACUUUUCUUUUCUUUUCUUUUUAUCUGGUGCCUCCUGUUUUAGUGGGUUUGAAUAUUCGCUUAGUCCUUCAUGUGGUUUUAUGGUUCUUAGAAAACAGAAGUUUGGGGUAUUCUUCUCUGGGAUAUUUCAAUUCAGCCCUCUUGUAGCAUGUUGAGGCGACAUUGAAGCAAGUGAACAAAUUGAAAAUAAAUAAACAUCCAUUUCUCUAUAUAUUAUCCUUAUGUCAUUCAGUUUAAUUCGAAAACUGUCAUUUCAGAGACCCUUACGAUGCUAGUUUUGUGUUUCUAUCUUCUUGUUUUUAUACUAGCUUUUUAUGUGUUUUGCCACCUCUUGUUAUUCCCUCAAGCACCACAGAGCAAUAAAUGGAUAUUGUCUUAUGAAUUCUUUCUUUUUUCCCUUUCGAAUAAAUUCACAUCAUUUGGGACCAUCUGAUAUCUUGUAUGUCCACUGUCUAAAUUUGAGGCGGUUUAAUCUGCAUUGCAUAACCCUGUGCUGGCAAUAGCUCCCAUGCCUGUCAAUGUAUUAUAGUUCUUUGUUGCCCAGAAAAAAAUAAUAAAUAUUUG